CCCAAAGUGAACGAUCUGAUGGUGCCGGAAGAGGACGACGACUUUGACCGGCAACAGGAAAUCGCUCGAAGCGCUUUUGCCGACAUGUGCCACGAUUGGGAACGCAACCAAAAGUACGACCGCGCUCUUCGGGUAACGAUUGAACGGUUGCAUGGUGCCGGGCAGAAGGUUCAUGUGCUGGACAUUGGCACCGGCAGUGGUUUGCUAUCGAUGAUGGCGGUCCGCGCCGGAGCGGAUAGUGUGACAGCGUGCGAAGCAUUCCGACCGAUGGCGGACUGUGCCGAGCAGGUGAUCGCGGCUAACGGAAUGAGCGGUAGGAUUCGGUUGUUGAAGAAGAAAUCAACGGACAUUGUGGUGGGGAGUGGGAAAGAUAUGGAGCACAAAGCGAAUGUCCUCGUUACGGAGUUAUUCGAUACGGAAUUGAUCGGCGAAGGUGCGAUUGCAACCUAUAGGCAUGCUCUGGAACAUCUACUGGAGGAAGGUUGUCGGGUUAUUCCCGAUAGAGCGACGAUUUACGCACAAAUAGUGGAAUGCCCGUUGGCCAUGAAUUGGCAGAUUCCAAAAAUGUUGAGCAACUCAGAUGGCGAAGUGCUUUUGAGAACCCCUAAUGAAAUAAUUAAUUGUCGGGGAUCCUCUGCGGUAUUUGAUGUGCAGCUUAGUCAAUUACCGACACACAGCUUCAAUGCGCUGUCGGAACCGGUUCCAGUAUUCGAGUUCGAUUGGUCUUGCAGAGAUGCUCUGGAUUUUAUUCGUCAUACAAGAAAGUCAUUGAAAAUCAGGAGCUCCGGUGUGCCGCAGGCUGUUUUCAUGUGGUGGGAUUUGAGAAUGGAUCUCGAAGGAACGGUUUUGCUGUCCUGUGCUCCAUUUUGGGCCCACUCGGAUUUUGAAGCGCUGAAAAGUCAGAAACAAAACGAUACCAUUCCCGAGCAGAAUUUGAUCCCUUGGCGAGAUCACUGGAUGCAAGCAAUAUAUUUUCUACCGUACUCAAAAAAGCAUUUAGCUCAAGGAGAUGAAAUAGUCUUGGAUGCGUUUCAUGAUGAAUUUUCUUUGUGGUUCGGACUGGACGACCCCAACUUGAAACCUGGUCAUUGCACUUGUGGAAUGCACUUUGCCUACUCACGCUCUCGGAUAGGUCAGCUUAAUGAUGGGCCUAGGAAUAAGCGAAUAUUGAAUUAUUUGGAACAAGUGUUGGACACAAAUUCCGUCGUAUUAGUGCUCGGAGAUGGUUCCCUUUUAGGACUGGGGAUUAAAGCCAUGGGUGCCAAAAAAGUUAUUCUUCUGGAGGCGAAUCGAACUUCGCGACAAUGCAUGGAAAGGUACGUUGAAUUCAACAAACUAGAGCAGGUCGAAGUUUUGUCCUGCGCUGAAGAUUUAACCCCAGACAAAGUUUCCGAAAUUACUCACGUAUUUGGAGAACCGUUUUUCGGUUCUGCUAUUCUAUCGUGGGAAAAUAGUAUCCAAUUCGGACGGGAAUUUGAACGGUUAAAGGAAUUGUUGAAUCGUGAAGUGAUCGUUAUUCCUCAUAGCUUUAGUAUUUACGGAGUUCCAGUUGAAUUUCUUGAUCUGCAAAAAAUAGCAAUUCCGUUAGGAACCUGCGAAGGAUUUAACCUAAGCUUGAUGGAUAAAAUGAUUGAGGAUCAUUCCAACAUAACGGACUCCACUGUGGAAGCUCAACCGCUGUGGGAAUAUCCUUGUUUUCCCCUAGGACCGCAAUGUAAGAUGAUCUCCAUCGCAUUGGCCGAAGGAAGCACCCAAUCCCAACUAGAGCGAGGACAAAUGACUCUGACACUUGAUCGUGUAUUCAACGGCUGCAACGGAAUUGCUCUAUGGGCGGAGUGGCACAUGGACAAGGUCGCCAGUCGCAAAAAUACCAUUAGUACGGGUCCGAUCUCGCCAAUUGACGAAGUUUCUCAAAAUCAUGCCAUUCCCCUGAAGUGGAAUGUCAACUGGAGACAGGGAGUUCAUCUGUUUAGGAAACCGCUCGAUGCUACAAAAAAGUCAAUAAGUUGGACUGUGAAAUACAACCAACAGCUUAAGAGGUACUAUUUUCAAUUUGAUUGAGAUUUUUUUUUAGAAUGUGAUGAAUGACAACGAACAAAACUGUUCGGUGUCGCAUAAUAAUUGUUUCUAGUUGAAAGUAUUUCAGCAGAACAUAUAGAUAACUGUACUGCCGGUGGACGCAUAUCUGUCCCAUGUUUGCAGGGCUGGGACUUUAUAUACAUGGAACAUUCAUGCGUCCACCGGCAGUGUAGCGAUAGUCUAUUUAGACUACGAGCUUUAUCCCUUGAUGAACAGUAUCUUGAUAUAGAUACUAUAAUAUACAUUAUUUUCGGUAAAAAAAAUCGCUGUAUGAUCUAUUAGACUAUGUUUGCUACGCAAUUAUGAAAACUUGAACCUAUGUAAAUAUAUAACUAUGUAUAAUAUCAGAAUUAUUUUGCUAGUAAUCUUUCUUCACAUCCAUGAUCCAUGUUCAGAUCGAGCCACAUUGCUUUUAGAAAAAAAAAACUGGAAAAUAACACAAAAUUUAAAAUAAAAUAAUAAAUGUUUAAUAAAGACACUAGGGUAUAUGGCUCAAACCUUGGCCUAAUAUGCUGCGGUUGAGCAAAUGUAUCGUUAAAAAUCUUCAUAGGUAUGUUG